AGGUUAUCAGGUAUGGAAAGAUUGAGAGGAUUGACAGUGUGAAGGUGAGGAGUUGCCCCGAGGCGGUGCUUGAGACGCCGUCCCAAUGUUCAUCUCCCGCCAUUACCUCCGCCAACAUCGUCACCGCCGUCAGUAGCAGCACCAGCAGCAGUACCACUACAGCACCAGGAAGCGGACAUGGCGGCACAUUCUCGAAUGGGCUCACUCUUGUGCCUCCUGAUGUUAGUGAGGACGGCUCUGGCCCAGCUUACCAUAGUGAGUACCAUCGACGAGUCGCUGCAGGAGGGCGCAGGCUGGCUGGACGAGGCCGUCUCGCAGGCACAGAAGGAGACAGGCUUGACCCUCUCACAGGAGGUGGUAAAGGUGUCGCUCGAUAAUGAGGAAGACGGCCAACAGAAAUUAUGCUCAGCGUUGUACAGCGGGGCGGCGGUGGUGGUAGACGUGACGGCUGGCGGGUGGACGCACGCUCAGGACACAGCAGCAGCCUACGGCAUCCCCUACGUCAGGGUGCAGGUGUCCAACUACCAGUGGAUGGCCGCCACCGACCAACUCCUCGAGAGCCGCAACGCCACCGACGCCGCUCUAAUCUUCGGCUCAGAGGCCGAGUUAGACCAGGCGCUGUACUACCUGGUAGAGGGGUCGGCGGUGCGGGUGAUCGUCCUGGCUGGGGUCGACCAGUCCACCACCGAGAUGCUCAAGAAGAUGAGACCUUCCCCCUCCUACUACGUCAUCCUCGGCACCACGGACCACCUCUCCCUCCUCUUCUCCAAGGCGGUGGAGAAGAGCCUGGUGACCCGCGACUCUCGCUGGACCCUCGUCGCUACUGACCACAAGUCUCAUCAGUUUGACCGGGGGGCGCUGCGCGGGCUGCAGAGCGUCACCCUCGUAGCUCCUGCACAGGAAGUGUGCUGCACCGUCAGGAACCGUCAGUCUCUCUGUGACUGUGACACUCUCAUAAUCUCCAGGGAGAUGACGAUGAACUCCAUGCUGACACUGACGAACGUGCUGAAGGGUAAUGCUGGCAAGAACGUCCGGGGAUCGUGUGGCGAAACGCCCCCAAAUCCUCCUUCGACCACCUCCUUCUAUUCCGCCCUUCAGACGUCGCUGAGAGAGUGGAAGCAGGUAGAGUGGGAAGCAGACAAGCUGCAGGUAGUCCCACAACUGAAGCUUGACAUCACGGCCAUCAACACCAGCACUUCGUCAGCUUUGGGCAGCUGGAGCACCAGCGAGAAGCUGCAACUUAACCCGCAGUUCAAGAACUCCCCCAUCAAGAGGCAUUUUAAAAUCGGCACUGUCAUGGCGCGGCCAUGGGUCAGCUCAAAGAGCGAGUCCCCCGGAGACCAGCAGUACGAGGGCUACUGUGUCGAGCUUGCCGCCCGCCUCGCCCUCUACAUGAACUUUGACUAUGAGUUCAAAUUUCCUGAAGACGGUCAAUAUGGCGUCAGGCAAAACAACGGCUCUUGGAACGGCCUCGUCGGCGACCUAUCUAACGGGGUCACUGACAUCAUUAUCGCACCACUCACCAUGACUUCGGAAAGAGAGGAAGUCAUCGACUUCGUGGCUCCAUAUUUUGACCAGUCCGGCAUCUCCAUUGGUCAGAAAUUCACCCUGAAAGAGAGCUUUUGGUUCGCCCUGACGUCUUUCACGCCUCAGGGCGGAGGAGAGGCGCCCAAGGCCUUGAGCGGGCGGACACUGGUAGCCGCCUACUGGCUCUUCGUAGUUCUUAUGUUGGCUACCUUCACGGCCAACCUCGCCGCCUUCCUGACCGUGGAGCGUAUGCAGACUCCGGUGAGCUCUCUGGACGAGUUGGCGGGACAAAGCAAGAUCAACUACACCGUGCUUCAGUCCAGUGCAAUCUACCAGUACUUCGCCAACAUGGCCGCCGCGGAGGAAGAACUUUACCGGGUGUGGAAAGAGCUGACGCUGAACAGCACAAGCGACCAGAGCAAGUACCGGGUGUGGGACUACCCUAUCAAAGAGCAGUACACUCACAUCCUGCAAGUUAUCGACCAGUCUGGACCUGUUGAGCGUGCUCAGCUCGGUUUUGAUAAGGUACUAAAGAACAAAGAUGGAGACUUCGCCUUCAUCCACGACGCGUCAGAGAUCCGUUACGAAGUGUAUCACAACUGCCUACUAGCGGAGGUCGGGGAACCGUUUGCCGAACAACCAUAUGCCAUCGCCGUGCAGCAGGGCAGCCACCUCCAGGAUGAAAUUAGCAGGGCAAUCCUGGAGCUACAGAAGGAUCGUUACUUCGAGGCUCUGUCAGCACAAUUCUGGAACUCUUCAGCGCGCGGAACCUGUCCUAACGACAACGAUUCUGAGGGCAUUACUCUCCAGAGUCUAGGUGGUGUUUUUAUUGCUACACUGAUCGGCCUGGCUCUGGCCAUGAUCGCCCUGGCAGCCGAAGUGCUCUAUUACAGACGAGGAGGCGUCUCCCUGGUGACGGACCUCACGCCCAAGGCAGCAUUUAAGCUGACCUCAGAGAAGGAUCGCGUCUCGCGCAUCAACGUCAUCCCAGCCUACUAGCAAUUUAUUACUAGCCCCCUCCUUAAAGUUGACAAGUUACUAUGCUCGUCUAUCAAUCCUCUCCGGUAUUCUAGUUUUCUCGAUACAUUCCGCUGUGCUGCAUUCUACACAGUAUAAUAUUAUUGUCUCGUAGGAAAAUCAUUAGGAGCCAUGAAGAGGCUUCGAAUCCGCUCACUUGAUACAUCCAAGCAAACGCCCUAUGGAAUCCCUCCCCUUCCCCCCCCCCCCUCAUGGCUCCUAGUGAUUUUCUCAUUGGUACGUUAAUGUGAUUUCAUUGUGCACUAUUGUUCUUUCUUAUUACAUUUUGCUCAUGCUUGAAAAUAAGUACCCGGACUUGUUUCUUCAUCACUGUUUGUGAUAGUAGACCAUAAUCAUGCCUUAUUGUUUGUAAGUCGUAUAAGCUUUUUUAAAGCGGUCGUCUACUGACUGUAGUGCCUACUAUAAUGGAAUUAGAGUUGAAACUCAUAAACCUGUAAUUGCCACUGCAUUAAACACAAGACAAUAUUUUCCCUGUAUUAAGCAGUCACAAUGCAAGCACAUACAAAAGCGUUUGUAAUUAAUACUAAGUAACAUCACGGAUUUUCGUAUUUUAAAGAGUAACCAUUGAACAGAUUUACAUGAUGACAUUCGUAAAUAUUUACAUUCGUCAUAUGAGAUAGAUGUUGGCAACUUGGGUCACAGUUAGUCAGUUACUUUGAUCCCAAUUUGUCUCGGUCAAACCUUAUAUACUAAACCAUAUACAG